CAGUCCAUCAAGCAACACGCAUACCAAACACAUCUUUUUACGACGUCCACACCUAUAUGCCACAUCAGUCCCACGACUAACCCACCGUCACCAUGUCAGGCCUCGAAAAGGCUCUCUUCAACCUCAAGUUCACAGCCAAACAACUCAACCGCCAAUCCGCAAAAGCCGGCAAAGACGAGAAUGCCGAAAAGGCAAAACUGAAAAAGGCCAUUCAACAAAACCACGGCGACAUUGCCAAAAUCUACGCCCAGAACGCCAUUCGCAAGCAGAAUGAGAAGCUCAACUUGUUGCGUCUGGCCUCGAGAAUCGAUGCUGUGGCCAGCAGAGUCCAGACGGCUGUGACGAUGCGUCAAGUCACUGGUAGCAUGGCGAAUGUGGUAAAAGGCAUGGAUGGAGCCAUGAAGGCCAUGGACUUGGAAAAGAUCUCGGCCGUCAUGGACAAAUUCGAGACGCAAUUCGAGGACCUGGAUGUCGCGACUGGAUACUACGAGAACGCCACUUCCAGUGCUACUGCUGUAGGAACACCUCAAGAGGACGUCGACAGAUUGAUGUCACAAGUCGCCGAUGAAGCUGGUGUUGAAUUGAAUCAAGAGAUGGCCGGAGCUACACCCGCACAAGGCAUCAAAGCCCCUGCCAACCCCACCGAAGUCGAGGAAGACAACUUGGGCGAAAGACUGAGAGCUCUGAGAAGCUAGUUGGAAAGAGCAAGUGUGGAUACUAGAAAGAUAUCGAGAUACCUCACUCGAACUGGGGAUUGGAGUUUGGGCGUCUCUGAGAUGCUUAUGGGAUAAGCGUGCUUUCGAUCGACAGAUGCAUAACCUACUGACUGCUGUGUAUAUCAACUUCGUUAUUCAACCAAAAUCUCUUGAGUCUUUGUCUGCAC